GCACAUCUCAACUUCAAUUCCUACCAGCGCUAGCUUAAUUUGCUGCUCUUCCUCAAGAUCAACAGCAAGGCUACGCAUCGUAACCCGGCCUGUCUCGGGAGAUGUCGACAGUGACCCGUGCCUACCUGGACCAGCGGCUCGCCAUGGCCAAACGCUGCUCCAGAGAGGCAACGCUCGCCGGAGCCAGGGCCGCGGCCGUCGCCACCGUCGCAUCUGCAGUCCCAACGUUGGCGAGCGUGAGGAUGCUGCCGUGGGCGAAGGCGAACCUGAACCCCACCGGCCAGGCGCUCAUCAUCUGCACGGUGGCUGGCAUGGCCUACUUCGUUGCCGCCGACAAGAAGAUUCUGUCGCUGGCGAGGAGGCACUCGUUCGAGGACGCCCCCAAGCACCUCAAGAACACCUCCUUCCAGGGCGCCGGCCGCCCGCACCCGGCUUUCUUCAGGCCAUGAUCGAGCAAACACCUUGAGCACGAGUAAAUAUUGAGCCGAUCGAUGAUGCCCGGUCGAGUAAACUGUCAGUCAGCUACUAUGUAUCGUAUCGAUCCAUGUGCUCUCGGAGAAACUGUGACAGUAGUUCGGCAAUUGUAACUAACUUGUAUUAUUGGCGAUCGAACAAAUAAAUAUUGCAACUUUGUGUUACUCAA